AUGCGAACGCGUGUUGUCGCGCUUCAACACCUCCUUGUUGUUUUUACAAAUUUCCUUUACUUUCUGAUUUAUCCUUAUAUACAUUAUCUAUCUAUCUAUCUAUCUAUCUAUCUAUCUAUCUAUCUAUCUAUCUAUCUAUUAUACCUCAACCAACGACCACACCCAAAACCAGGACACAUCUCCGCCUUCCGCCACCGUUUUUCCUUUCACAAGUCUUUCUUUCUUCAUUCUCUUGCUCUUAACGAUUUCAUUUCUCCCAGUUGUAUACCUUCGAGCUCACCCAGUCAAAUCUAUUGCGUUCUAUUCAUUUCUAUCUAUCUAUCUAUCUAUCUAUCUAUCUAUCUAUCUAUCUAUCUAUCUAUCUAUCUAUCUAUCACUUCUUUCUUUCUUUCUUUCUUUCUUUCUUUCUUUCUGUCACUACCCUGUCUAUCUAUCUCUAAAAAUAAUCUUGAAAUUUCCGAUAACAUUGAAUACAACUACCUUAGCAUUCUUCUGCCGCCGAACCUGAUUGCUCUCUCUCUCUCUCUCUCUCUCUCUCUCUCUCUCUCUCAAAAAAAAAAAAAAAAGAAUCAAAUAUCUAGCAUGUCAUUACUCUCUCACUCGAUCUCAAUCUGUCCAUAUCUAUCUCACUCUGUUCAUAUCUAUCUAUCUAUCUAUCUAUCUAUCUAUCUAUCUAUCUAUCUAUCUAUCUCUGUUCAUAUCUAUCAAUUUCUUAUUUUCACUCACUACCCUGUACGUCUAUCUGUCUGUCUAUCUACCUCAGCCUGUUCAUCUAAGAUUAUCUAUCUAUCAUCUAUCUAUCUAUCUAUCUAUCUAUCUAUCUAUCUACCUAGCUACCUACCUACCAUGAGCUAUGUGUUAUUGAUUCGUAUUAUCUAUCACUAUUCUUUCACUACCUAUUCUAUCUAUCUAUCUAUCUAUCUAUCUAUCUAUCUAUCUAUCUAUCUAUCUAUCUAUCUGGCUAGCUAG